AUGAAAGAUAAGAGAAGAUUAGGUAAUGAUGUGGUAUGUCGUUGUAUCACAAGAACGGGGUGUAAAGCCAUGAUAAGAGUAACUCUCUUAAAACAAAGAGAAUGGGUCAUAGACAAGUUUUAUGAUAUACAUAAUCAUCCUUUAGAUCCUCCAUCACAUGUAUUAAAACAACGGUCACAUAGCAUUUUUCAUCGUUCUAACGAAUGUAAAGAUGCUGUAAGUUUGUUGUCAAAAGCAGGUCUAAGUGCUUCUCAAAUAACUAAGAUAGUGAAUGCUUUUAGAGGCAAUGAAGAGGAUAAGCUUAAACGUGUUCAAUGUUCUAAUAUCAUCAACAGCAAAAAGUUCAAUUUAGGUAGAGAAUGCCAUGGAAUCAUAAUGCAUUUCAAAGAAAAGGCUAAACAUGAUCAUGAUUUUUACUUUGAUAUGGACUUGAGUAAAGAUGGAACACUUAGAAGUGUAUUUUGGGCUGAUGGGAGAUCAAGGUCUUCUUAUUGUAACUUUGGUGAUGUUGUUGUUUUUGAUACGACUUACAAGACAAGUAAAUUUAGCUUGCCUUUUGCCCCAUUUGUUGGAGUCAAUCACCAUGGCCAAAGUAUAUUGUUUGGAGGUGCAUUGUUGGAAAAUGAAAGUGAGAUAACAUUUACCUGGUUGUUUAAGCAAUUUUUAAAGUAUAUGCAUGAAAGUCAUCCAAUUUCCAUUAUUACUGAUCAAGAUAUAGCCAUGGGUAAGGCUAUCGGUAAGGUUUUUCCUAAAACAAAACAUCGCUUUUGUGCUUGGCAUAUUCAAAAGCAUGUUUUGGAGCAUCCUCAACCAUUGCGGUCUCGGUUUGAUGAUUUUGAAGAUACAUAUAAUCAGUGGGUCAAGUGUCAAAAUGCUGAUGACUUAAAAUCACAAUGGAAAGACUUGAAGGAGAAAUACAAUAUAAUGGAUGAUAGUUGGCUGGGAAACAUGUAUAAGAUGCGUCAUUUUUGGGUGAAGACAUAUUUGAAAGAUACUUUUUUUGCAGGCAUGAUAACUAGUGGUCGAUGCGAAAGCAUGCAUUCUUUUUUUGAUGCUUUUGUGAACUCUAAAACCAUGUUAAGUGAUUUUGUACUUCAAUAUGAUAGAGCAGUAAGUUCACGAAGAGAUGUAGAAGAAGAUGAAGAUUUCCGAACUUUAAACUCAAAACCUACUUUAGAUACUGAUCAUCCAAUUGAAGCAAUGGCGGCUAAGUGCUAUACACGAAAUAUUUACGAUAUAUUCAAGAAAGAAUGGAAGGCUACUUCUGAUUGCGGACAUGAAAAAAUAAGCAAAGAUUCGGAUUUGGUAAAAUAUCGUGUUGGGCAUUUUGAAAGGAAACAAAGAAAAUUGGAAAAUUGUUGA